CCCCAUUCAGAGUAGCUUUGUUGCAACACGAGCAGUAUAACGUGAUACACCCGAGUGCAGAAACGGACUAAAGGGGAACUCAAUGAUAUAACCGAGCAUCCAUACGGCCGGAAGAAUUUGGGAAGAAGACAGGAAGUGAGAGAGCGGGAAAAGAAUUCCUAUACACGUUCCUUUGCGUUUCCAUUCCGUGCAGAACCGUCAGAUAGUCGACGUAGCCAUAGGAGCAAUUCCUGAUUUAAUUUGCUGGGCAAAGAUGAGGACAGUGCACACAUGGAGGGCGCCAUAGAUAAUAGGGCUUUUCCCUAGUCCGUUUUCAUAGAACAAUAAAAAAAAACUUAUCUCUAAAUCUCAUUUAAGCAACGUUCCAAUGCGAACCGCUCUAACCCGUCCCUCUGUCACUAAGGCAACAGAGUGGGUUUUUUUAAAGAGGCGGGAGUGGAGCUGUGAUAACGGAGUAUAUACCGGAAGUGACGUAAGCCCCAAGAACAUACGGUGUUAUGAUUCUGUACGUAUCCGGAAGUAACUGUGGCCUAGUUGGUUGUAGCGCGUCUGACGACUUCCAAGAGCGGGAGGAGGAUUGCCGAACGAUGGCUCCGGUGUCGCGUUCGAGGAGCCCAGCGGCGUCUCCGUCCUCUCGGCGGGGGCGCGCUGCUGCCUCUGUCAGCCCUUCCCCUCCGAGGUCUAGUCGGAGCAGCAGGAGGUCCCGCUCGAGGUCUCGGUCCCGCGAGCGCAACGGCUUCAGGCAGCGUCUUGGUCCUCCGCACCACUUUAGCCACCGACACGGUCCGGAGCAUUAUGGCAAGGAGCAGGAGGAAUCGCUGCGACAGAGGAGGUUAAAUGAGAGAGAGAGAAUAGGUGAACUUGGAGCACCUGAAGUUUGGGGACUGUCACCAAAGGUUCCAGACCCAGAUUCUGAUGAACAUACCCCAGUAGAAGAUGAAGAUGGAGUAUCUAAAAAAAGCAGCUCUUCGGAUUCCAGUUCAGAAGAGGAGAAGAGGAAAAAGAAAAAGAAGAAAAGAAAAGCUGUUUCACAUGAGGAAGAAAAAAAGAAAGCCAAGAAGAAGAAAAAGAAGCACAGAAAAAAAAAGUCUAAAAAAAAGAAGUCUAAGAAAAACAGAAAAGACUCCAGUGACUCUAGCAGUGAAGAUUCUGAUGAUGAAGCUCUGAAAGGAGAUGAACUCUGGAUUGAGAGAUCAAAAAAUACAGAUGGUGUGGAUUUCAUUGGACCUGAAGCUCCCAUUAGUCAUGCUUCUCAAGAUGACCGACCUUUGAACUAUGGACAUGCCUUGCUCCCUGGUGAAGGUGCUGCCAUGGCAGAAUAUGUAAAAGCUGGGAAGCGCAUCCCUCGGAGAGGUGAAAUUGGACUAACCAGUGAAGAAAUUGCGUCAUUUGAAAAGUCUGGCUACGUAAUGAGUGGCAGCAGGCAUCGGCGAAUGGAAGCAGUGCGUCUCCGUAAAGAGAACCAGAUCUACAGCGCAGAUGAGAAGAGAGCCCUAGCAUCUUUCAACCAGGAGGAGAGGCGGAAGAGAGAGAACAAGAUCUUAGCAAGCUUUCGGGAGAUGGUAUACAGAAAAACAAAGGGCAAAGAUGACAAAUAAACUGUUUGCUUCCUCCUGAUAGAGAACAGACUUGAACUGACAUUGGUGAAACUCACCUGCUAUGGUGAUUUGCAAACAGGUUGUCCAGUAAAGCUGCCUCAAAUCUUGGGAAACAAUUCCUGUGUACUGUCUUUUACAUUCUUGCUUAAAAGAAUGCUGGACCUAGUGUGUGACAGAAUGAAAAUCGAAGUGAUAUCUUUUAUUGGACCAGAGACUCAAAUAAAGAUGAUCCAAAUAAAUUGUCUUCAAUCCUGUGAGCCCAAUAAAACAGCAGUGCCCUUAACAGGAGCGCCCUCUCUUAAAUGCCAGUGGUUUUUGUUGUGCUUGAAUUUUAAUAAAGCAGAGUGGCUUAAUUUUAUAGAUUCCUGUAGAUUUGGUUUCCUCACUUUGGACUUAUUAUAUAUAUAAUAUAUAAAACUGAGAUCCUGAUGUAUAGUUUUACAAAAUGAGAACUGCUUGAAGGAAGACAUUUUACCGCCUGAUGUUGUCAUGUAAAUAAUGUUUUGCUGGGUGGAGGGGUGGCAAUCUGUAGGUCAUGGUAGGGUAAACCUAAGGUUUUUAUUUUAGAUAUUCAGUUUCUUGAUUCAUAGUCAUCUGAAUCAUGGUCAGUGCGGGUGAAUACCAUGUGGCAGGACUUUUGGGUAGGGCCCCUACUGAUUCUGAAAGUUUCCCAUAUGGCUUACUAAGCUGUUUCUGAAAUUCAGAGGAACUUCAGGAGUUUCUCCAACCCAAAGGGAGGAACUGCAAUCUGGUAACAUUAGGGGGGCGGCUUUGACUGGUGGGAUCCAAAUAGCUCCCUCUCUGCAAAACUGAGUGUUUAUUUCCCAAAAUAUGUAUAUUUUUAAAUAAAGCAUUUACUUGGA